AUGAAACGACAUAUUAAAUGUUGUGCGAAAGAAGAACAGGAUCGACUUUCAACAGCACAUUUAUUGGAGGUCGGCGAUGACUGUGUUGAUUACUAUGAUCAAACAGAGAGCAAUGACGGAGUCGGUGCCUGGUCGCAAAAUGCAUGUAGUUACAGGAUUGAUAUUUGCACCAAGGGCAAACUGUCCGGAAAAAUAAUUUCAUAUCAGAGAAGAGAGUGUGCAGAGAAUACAUGUGAUGUCAUAUCGCAAUCUCAGCAUUACAACGACCCUGAGCGGUUCAUUGAACAAUACAGAAGUGACAGAUUGCGCCGUUUCCCCUGUCACACACAUAUCCCUACACAUCCGGGGACAUGGGUGGUGCUGAAAAGCUGCGAGGAAGAGCCCUUCGAUUUUACCAUGCCACCAAUCAGAGGUAAAAACAACAGCGCUACUGGAGACUACUUGGAGCAACAAUAUGCACUUAUAUCUGAAAAAAGAGACACGUUUUCCAAACACAAACAGACGGAUGAAUGUAAAAAGUUAUCUUCUGCAUGUGUUCAAGAUGAUGAAAUGCUCUGUUUUACCUGCCACGCUAUGCUAAGGUCAUUUCAAAAUUGUGGAGACAAGGAGCUGUCCUACUAUGAGCCAAAUGGCACAGUCCACUCACCUAUCAACAACAUGGGCAUCAAGCUGCUGACAGUGCAACAAACACACACCUCGUUGGACGCCUUGCGGAGGAACCAGCGACUCAGGAGCAGCGCUGUCAUCAGGAGGCACCCGCGAGCCAAUAAGAGUGCCACCUUAGGGGACAUCUCCCUGUCAACAUUCAAAAACAACGUGGUGUGGUGUAACGGCUAUCGAGAGACCUCUUCCAUGCAGGCCGCCGCUCUCCCUGAUGUUCCCAGUUCUUCAUCCAAGAAGGGAUACAAUAAGGUUAAUCCUUUUACGGUCAAAGGGUUGAGAAGGCUCCCGCCAAGUCAGAAUGGGACCAGGCCUGGCCGCUCCUUUCCCGCGUCAUCUCCUCCCAGUGGGAGAUCCAUCACCCCAGGCACCCAGCUCUCCUCCACCACUCCCUUACCUCCAUCGCACCCCUGGAAGUCCAGCUCUACAUGCUACCUGACCGCUCCACAGUUGGCACCCACGAAGCCCCUGGUGGUCCAGCAGAGGAAAAAGAGAUGGUGCCCUCUCCAAGACGGUGAGAGGGUUGGCUUUGCAGAGAUUUUGUUGAAACAGAGGAUAAUGGUAUUACAUUAAAUGCAGUUACAUUUUCUAUGCUAAUUCGUAUCAUACAGACUUUUUGCUCCUUGUCCUAAAAGUAAUACAUAGGAAAAGUUAUAAUUGUGUUUAAUUGUG